CCGAACCAUUUACGUCAGUUACUUCCGCAACAACAAUCAUCUUUUCUCAAAAUUUUUCGAAAAAUCUAAACAGUAGUCAAUUUGUAAAUUAUUUCAGCCAAAAUAAGCCCGAUGGAAACCUACGUCUUUUCUCUUGAUCUUAACAAAGUUUGCAGGAUAUGUUUAUGUGAAGAUAACCAAAUGUUUUCGAUUUUUAGCGAGAUUUACGAAGAUGACAAUUCUUCUGAAGAACUUCCUUGCCUGAAUGAGAUCAUUAGUAGCCUUUCUUCCAUGAAGAUACACGCUAACGAUGGCUUACCUGACUCCAUCUGUAGUAAAUGCAUAGAGAGUGCCCAUACAUCUUAUAAAUUCCAAAAGUGUUGCAACAGAUCUCAGCUCAUCCUCGAAACCUACAUAAGUCAAUGUGGCAUCUUAAAAGAGACUUCGAUCGAAGACGUUCCUUCAAUCAAAAAUAAAGAAACUGAGGAAUUUCCAACUAUAACCACGGACAUACUGAAAGAAAGUAAAACUCCCCUUUUGUACAAUGAAAACGACCUGGAUUUAGCGGAGAAUUAUAUCAAAGAGUCUCUCAUCGAAGAAGCGAAUAACAGCACCAUUAUAGUAGAAAAUGAGUCGAGUCUGAAUCCCGACCAGUUUUUCGCAACCGACGACGAUUUGACAGUAGAACCAGCGAAAGACGAUGUAAAAGAGGACGGGAAAAGUGUUGAAAAACCCGAAGAAACGAGUGACGAAGAAGGCAUCGGUAAUCUGAAGAAUUACGAGAAGACCUUGCCAACCGGUGAGAAGUUUUUCGCUUGUAAAAUGUGCGAGAGGAUCUACAAGAACGGGAGCAGUUUGAGGGCCCACAUCAGGGGUCACCACAAGAAGAAGAGACCGUACAAGUGCGACAUCUGCGGUAAGGGCUUCAAGAUGUACGGCUCCUUCUUCUACCACAAGAGGAUGCACACCGGGGACCAACCGCACUGCUGCAAGAUAUGCGGUAAGAAGUACAAACAGAGCGGAAGUCUGACCGCCCACAUGAGGAUCCACACGGGACAGAGGCCGUUCCUGUGCUCCAUCUGCGGCAGGGGCUUCAGGCAACAACCCGACUUGAACUACCACAUGCGCACGCACACCAAGGAGAAGCCCUAUCAGUGUACGGUGUGCGGAAAAACCAUGACCAUGCAGUCGCAUCUCGUCCAACACAUGCGCAUCCACACUGGCGAACGCCCCUUCAAGUGCAGUCAGUGCGGAAAGGCCUUCUUGUCGUCCACCUGCCUGAAGAGGCACGAGAUCAUCCACACCGGCCAGAAGCCUUACACCUGCGAGGUGUGCAACAAAUCCUUCAACAGGAGCAGCAGCCUGAACAUACACAGCAAGACGCACACCGACGACAGGCCACACGUGUGCCCCGUGUGCGACAAGGGCUUCAUACAGGCCCACACUUUGAAGACUCACCUCUCGACCCAUCUGUCCGAGAUCAAAAAGGCCAAGAUAAUCGUGCACGAGGGUUGAGGAGCAGGUCUGAGCUGUAUUCAUCGAUUAUUUUGUUCGUUUUUGGCGUUUUUGCUGAUUUCUACCACGCGUUAUUCUGCGAAUUUUAGAUUGUAGAGCUGAAACUCUUCAACUUCAUCGGGUACGAGUAACUAAUCGAUAUGGGAUGUUUUCAAGGGUAGACAGUACCGCAUAAAUCUAAUAUAAUGACUUUAAUUUUCAAUAUAAAAGUACAUAGAAAUAUUUAAAAGAAUAGUAUACAUUGAUGAUCGACAAGUGUAAUAAGUCAUCGAUUCUCAUUUAUAUAAUAAUGCGUCAUAACACGAUGAUGGUACACACACCAUUCUAAAUCAGUCCUAACAAAAAACAAGAAUGACUCAGAAAAUCGUCCAAACGCGCUUUUACCCCCCCUCCCCCCGCCUUUCUCACACAGGAAUAUAAUUAUUAAAAUUCUCACACAUCAUUGUUGAAUUUUUGGACUAGAAAAACGUUUGUGAUGCAACGUAGGAAUACAGAACAAGGUUACCAAGGUUGAAAUGAAAUUUUUGUCGUACAAACAAUUCCACCCGUUGUUGAGAUCUCUAAAAAUGUUUAGUGUGUUAGAAAGAUUCAACUUAAACAACGUUAAUCAGAUCACAGAACCAAUAUUUCGAAGCUUACACCUCCGAACGGUCGCAGAAACGUCGGGGAAGCUAACCUUGAGCGAUUCGAUCUGUUCGUUACAGACUUAAGGUACAGGGUGUUCGGAAUAACACGAAAUUUAGCAUCAACGCCCCCUGUGAGAAAUAAUAAAAACGCGUGAGACUUCGUCCGACGUUUCUGUGACCGAUCCGGAGCACAUAGACCUUUGUUGAUAAUUUUCUCUAUACAUCGUUCUACUCUUUCUUCUAAAUCUAACGGAUAUUUAAAUCUGUGCUAUUUAUCUAGUCACCCAAUUGACGAAUAGACUCAAUCUCAGCGGAAACAGCGUCGGAUCCGACCGACGAACGGAUCCCAGUCUGUUUCUCCCCUCUACAAGCUCGUUAAGAACUGAAGUAAUGUGCACAUCCACAAGUCCGGCGGCGUACAACGAAUCCGAACCGAGCCGAGCUCGCCAAACACGACUCCUAGUAGAAGUUAGGGGAGAUAACCUAAAAAUUUGACAGUUGCACGUCACUUUCCGCGAGCUCGGCGAAGCUGUCUUCUUAAUGUCACUAUCGAUACCUGUAACUUCUUUCUGUGAUAAAUGUGGUUUUUAUUAUUGUUAUUAUUACGAAAUGUUACGUGUAUUUUGGUUUUCCUGUGAUAAGUGCUUCGUGAUAAUAAAAAUUUUUCAUCGA